UGUGUCUAUAAGUGAGGUGAAUUGAGCAGUCGAGGAGGCAAACACGAAGAGCGUCGGGUAGGAACAUCAUUGAAUAUCAAAUUGAUCUACAGCAGCAAUCAUGGACGAUAAAGCCUUUCAAAAUGGUACGCUUGCUGUAGAAGGCGAGCCUGGUUUAAAUACAGCUAUCUCCAAGGCAGUGAACAAUGUACUCGAGGGUUGUGACUGGAGUCUCUUACCGCUACCGCUCAGAGUAAAUGGAAGUCAUAAAACGAAGCAACAUGUGAAGCGACCUAUGAACGCCUUCAUGGUUUACGCACAGGCAGCAAGGCGCAAACUUGCCGACCAAUUUCCAAAUUUGCACAAUGCCGAGCUGAGCAAAACUCUUGGGAAACUGUGGAAGCUCCUUGACGAACGAGAAAAGAAACCUUUCAUCGACGAAGCCGAAAGGCUAAGGCUAAAACACAAACAUGAUUACCCAGACUAUAAGUACCAACCGAGACGAAAACGUCAGAAAGGUGAAUCAAGCCCGGAACAUACCGAUUGCACAAUAACAGCGAAGGACAUACUUCGAGUAUUAAAAUCUGACAACGAUGAUGAUGAAGAAGAAACCUUCGACAGACGACCGAGCAACACCGACUCCGAAUUCUCUACAACAAACUCAUCGCGAGCCAGUUCACCUGACGAUACUGUGGAGGUUAGUGGCGGAGUAGCUGUAGGUAACGACUUAGAGACGCCAUUUAGCCAAAAAAUAGUCGGUGACAAUGACGGCGAUGUAAAAAGCAAAUGAUGUUCUAGAUUUUGACGACGUUGGUGAUCUAACGAGCGAUCUUAUUUCUUAUUCUGAUAUCGAAGGUACCGACUUUGAACAGUUAUAUUUAGCAAGUACUACAGGAUCCAUAUUCCCAACUGCAGAUUUGUCUCCAACCACAUCAACUAGCAGUAGCGAACAAA